UGACCCCUCAUCGCCGUCUCAUCUAGGUAGCCUAACCUCGGUAGCCUAACCUCGGUGGUUGCUAUUAAUGCGUUAUCAACCUUCACUCUGUGUAACCCAAACAAUGGAAGGAUUUAUAUGCAUCGAUCAAGCAAACUGUUGAGUUGAGAGUCGGCCAGAAAGGAAAGCGGUACAGUGACUCGAGAUGAAUAUGUUCAACUACCCUACUAAGGUUAGCCAUUGACCCGAGCGAAGAGGAGCCUGCAGUGCAGCCAUCAAAAUGGCACCAGUCACAAGUUUCUAUGUUGAGGACCCAUACAUCUAUAUGAAUGGAUUCAAUGGCUAUCAUCAAUCGGAAGCCGUAGCUAGAGCAAAUCCGAGCGUCAUUAACAGCCCACAAAACCCUCCGUUUGGACUCCGAACAGAGAGAAUCUCAAACUCAUCUUUCGUAGCUCCAAGCCGUGAGCGGAAUUUCCACACAUGGCUCUACCGUAUCAACAGUUCCUUGCAGCGCACUCAUUUCACACUUCUUGACAGCACCUCCGAGAGUGCAAAUCCACCCGUACCAAAUCAUAUCACGCCCGAUUCCUAUAUAUGGCCAACUAUUCCGGUAGCCGACGGCGCAGAUUGGACGCAGCAGAAGCUUCUAGGCCGCAAUGGGGAUCCUCAGAAAAAGUCGGGGUGCGCUAUUUGGGUAUUUAGCGUCACAGGGGAUAUGUCUGCGCGAACCGCAUUCUCUUGCCUCGAUGGCGAGAUGUUGAUUGUACCACAAUCUGGGGCGCUAGAUAUUCAGACCGAGGUUGGGAAACUUGUUAUACGACAAAACGAGAUUGCAGUGAUUCCACGAGGUAUUCGCCAUAGGGUAACGCUGAAAGCUGGUCGUCCUGCCCGAGGCUACGUAUUCGAGCUCUUCGAAGGUCACUUCGAGCUCCCUGCCCUAGGGGUGAUAGGAUCUACAGGUUUGGCCAAUGUGCGCGAUUUCCAGAUUCCCGUCGCUCACUUCGACGGCAACGUAGUCGAGGACGACCAAGGCGACAAGGUCGUCAAGGCAAGUGAUGACGGGGACUGGAGAAUCAUAUCUCGUCUUAACGGGCAAUUAUGGACAUGUAUGCAGAAUCACACCCCCUUUGACGUAGUUGCGUGGCACGGAACUUGUUACCCGUAUAAAUACGACCUUGCACGCUUCUGUGUUAUGGGUAACACCCUCUUCGAUCAUCAUGACCCGUCUCUGUACACGGUGCUUACUGCGCCGUCGUAUGGCAAGGCACCUGGAACAGCCGUCAUGGAUUUCGCCGUCGUUCCACCUCGAUGGCAAGUUGCCAAGGAUUCGCUUUGGAUCCCUUAUUACCAUCGGAACGUGAUGCAAGAGUUUUUCUUUCCAAUUAUCUACGAACAGUCUCCCAGCAUCCCUUUCAAUAGUGGCCAUGAAUUUGGCCCAUUCGUGGGCGGCCUGCAUGGUUCCAUGGUUGCACACGGAUCGCCAGAGAACGAAUAUCUGCGGGCCACCGACAUCGAUACGACAAAGCCUAUCAAGGUCAACGCCGACGGUAUGAUGAUCGCACUUGUGGAGACAGAACUGCCAUUCUAUCUAAGCAAAUGGGCAUUCCAGAGUGCUGUGAAGAACUUCAACGGCAAAACAAGCUCGAAGUUGUAGUUGCCAGCGCGUUCUGGGAGCAAGAGCACUCCUAGAAGAAGCCAUCAAUCUGAUACAAAGCAGGUCGAGCUGAAGAGUGAAAGGAGUGUAUAAUCGGAACUUUCACUGAACAUUAAGUCUUCGUGUGAUUCAAGGACCAUCUUGGUUCUACCACUAGUGGGCUUACUAGAAGCUGCUCCG